CAGCACCAUGGCGGCGACCGUGACCAUGUCCCCGCUGCAGCCAGUCACCCACCUCAUCUUUGACAUGGACGGCCUCCUUCUGGAUACCGAGCGGCUGUAUUCGGUGGUGUUUCAAGAGAUCUGUGAUCGCUAUGAGAAAACGUACAGCUGGGACGUGAAGUCGCUGGCGAUGGGUAGAAAGGCCUUGGAGGCCGCUCAGGUCAUUAUAGAUGUCCUGCGACUCCCCAUGACCAAAGAGGAGCUGGUGGAGGAAAGCCAGAGGAUGUUAGAGCAGAUGCUCCCCACGGCAGCGCUCAUGCCAGGGGCUGAGAAACUCGUCCACCACCUCCGAAAGCACAACAUACCCGCUGCCGUGGCCACGAGCUCUGGGUCCACCACCUUCAAAAUGAAGACGAGAAGACACAAGGACUUCUUCGAUCUCUUUUGUCAUAUCGUUCUGGGAGACGACCCGGAAGUGAAGUAUAGCAAGCCUGACCCCGACAUAUUUCUGGCUUGUGCGAAGAGGUUUUCUCCUCCUCCACCCACGGACAGGUGCCUGGUCUUUGAAGACUCCCCCAACGGUGUGGAGGCAGCCCUGGCAGCCGGCAUGCAGGUGGUCAUGGUUCCAGAUGCCAACCUGAACCGGGAUCUGACGAGGAAGGCCACCCUGGUGCUUCGCUCCCUGGAUGACUUCCAGCCGGAGCUGUUUGGUCUGCCUCCCUACGAAUGAGAGAACACACACGCAGCCAAGGCCCCGCUGUGAGCCCCCUGCCAUGAUCAUACUGCCAAGGGAAAGGGAAAAGGAAAUCUACAUCCCCUAGACCACAACCUGCACAAUCACCAUAGCCUUGUGAAGUUGGCCUUGGCAUACCAUGCUGGCUUGGCCCAUUCUCUCUAAAGCAAUGACAAACCGUACCUGAACACUUGAGGGAAACCAAGGGGAGACAGCCCAGAUCAGAAACUGCACUUUCAGGCCCAUCUCACUCCUUCAGCUCAUCAGUACGUGCCAAAGUGAGGUUCCACACAUCCACAAAAACAGCAGUACCUGGACAUGCAUGGGCACCUUUGAUACCUAUGUAUGUAUGGAUUUGUGUGCACACAUCUAUGUAGAAGUAUAUUUGUAAGAUAUAUCCUUCUCCAAGA